GGGAAGGGAGGUGCUGCCGGGGCCACCCCAUGCGCGCUCUGUCGCCCUCGCCGCUCCUCUGGCUCUGCCUGGCGGCCGCUGGCGUAGCAGCAGAGCCAUUGAAAUCAGUAGAAUUACACAAGAAGGAAGGAACUACUCAAUCUGCCUGACUCACAGGCUUUGACACAAGCCAGAUGGCUGCGAUUGGUAGGCGCACAGGCUGCCUGGUACUGCAGUUGAUGAAACAGAAUAGGAAGACGUUUUAUGAUCAGUUGCGGGAGCACAAUAAGACUGCAGCUUUGCUAGGGUCAUGUAGGGAUAAAAAGAACUGCAAGGUGGUCUUUUCCCAGCAGGACCUGAGGAAGCGGCUGACGCCUUUGCAGUACCAUGUCACUCAGGAGAAAGGGACUGAAAGCGCCUUUGAGGGAGAAUACACACAUCAUAAAGCUCACGGGAUAUACAAAUGUGUUGUCUGUGGAACUCCUUUAUUCAAGUCAGAAACAAAGUUUGACUCCAAUUCAGGUUGGCCUUCAUUCUAUGAUGUGAUCAGUCCUGAUACAAUUACGUUCACCGAUGACUUCUCUUAUGGGAUGCACAGGAUUGAAACAGGCUGUAGUCAGUGUGGUGCUCACCUGGGGCAUAUCUUUGACGAUGGGCCUCGUCCAACUGGCAAAAGAUAUUGCAUAAACUCUGCUUCAUUAUCUUUUGAGCCUGUAGAUAAGAACAAUGCUGGAGAAGGCAGCGGUAGCACCAGUCCUGCCCAAACAGACAAAACCGAGCUGUAGGACAAAGAGCGGUCUGCAGAAAACUCACGGCUUAUGAAGAACGUUUUUUCUAACUUGCCUGCUAUAUUAUAUCAUAUUUUUAAAUGUAUAAAGACGUUCUGCACCAGUAGGUUUUUUUUUCUUUGUUGAAAUUGAGGCCUUGCCUGCCAAUGUAUUUUACUAUAUAAUAGGUUCUAAAUAUUUGUUGACUGUCUCUCCUGGUUUUAUUUUUGGAAAUUGCUUUUGGGAAGCCUUAAAACAAGAGACUUUAGCCCUAUUAGUUAUUAAUUUAUUCUUUUUGCUUUGUUACUAUAGAUUUGAAUAUUUUUCCGUUUUUGUGUGUAAAGAAAAGGGGAUUGUGGUUAUCUUCAGACAACAGAAAACUCCUGAGUGUAAUAAAAUUCUUGAGACCCAGCA